AGUGAAGCCUGAGAAUUGUGUACACUAACUUCCAUUAGCCCCGAGUUAGUGAGGCAAAGGGCCCUGUGGGCACCCGUGGAACAUGGGCCCUCAGACGGAGUCUCCUCGUUUCCACAGAGGAAGCAGAGUGUGCCAGCUGAGAUGUGAGAGCUUUGGGUGUGGCUCCCAGAGAGCAGGGAAGGUCAGACGCAGAGAACUGCGUCUUAGGUGGGGAGGCUGAUCUUCCUUUCCCCUCAGCUACAUGCCGUGGUCUUCGCCAUGCAGGCAUGGUGACGGUUAUACAGUUAGAGGGAAAAGGCUGUCCACUCUGUUUGGUUGACUCGUUUGUAUUCCGGACUUGCCUCGAUCCCAAUCAAUAACUAAGGGUGAUCUGGACUUCUGAUUCUCCAGACUCCAGCACCCCAAUGCUGGGAUCACAGAUAUGGGCAAGGGAUGUGCCACCAUGACCAUCAAGCUCAAGGCUGUGCAUGUUGAGCAAGCCUCCUGCCACCAACUGAGUUACAUCCGCAACCCUGGGAGUCACCUCUCACCUCCAAGCUGAUCUGGUAGUAGUGGCCAUAAGCAGACGGCAGAGCGAACGUCACAGUUCUUACAGGCACAAAAACGCUUAAGGGGCAUCCCUUCUCAGUGGGCACCACAGAGCUGUCAAUGUUUUUGGGGUAAGGAAAGCGAUGAGAGCAGCCCGGCCCAGCCUUGUGGAGUCGCACCUUAGAAGAUGUACUUAGCUAGAGCUUUCCAGCCUCCUCUUGGGUAGGAUGAGGAUCCAGAUCCAACUAGCUCCUCAGGUGUAUGAGCAAGCAUCCUGGCUCCACUCCAGGGCCUGUGCGCGUCUCGCCCCGCCCCUCGGGCUCCUUUAAGAGGCGGGUCUUGGCCGCCAGCCCCGGGGCCUCGGCCAAAGACUGGGACUUUACUCCAGCGGCUGCCGCGGCUGCAAAAGAGUCGGAGCUUCAUCAGCUGCCGCAGGCGCCGCGCCCCGAGGCUGAGCCACGAUGAGCGGGAGAGUCGGUGACCUGAGCCCCAAACAGGAGGAGGCACUGGCCAAGUUUCGAGAAAAUGUCCAGGACGUGCUGCCUGCCCUGCCCAAUCCAGAUGACUACUUUCUCCUUCGAUGGCUCCGAGCCCGAAGCUUUGACCUGCAGAAGUCGGAGGCCAUGCUCCGGAAGCAUGUGGAAUUCCGGAAGCAAAAGGACAUUGACAAAAUCAUCAGCUGGCAGCCACCAGAGGUGAUCCAACAGUAUCUGUCAGGCGGCCGGUGUGGGUAUGACCUGGACGGCUGCCCUGUCUGGUAUGACAUCAUCGGCCCACUGGAUGCCAAGGGUCUGCUGUUCUCCGCCUCCAAGCAAGACCUGCUCAGGACCAAGAUGAGAGAUUGUGAGCUGCUUCUGCAGGAGUGCACCCAUCAGACCGCAAAGCUAGGGAAGAAGAUAGAGACCAUCACCAUGAUUUACGACUGUGAGGGACUCGGCCUCAAGCACCUCUGGAAACCUGCAGUGGAGGCCUAUGGAGAGUUUCUCACCAUGUUUGAGGAGAACUAUCCUGAAACGCUGAAGCGGCUGUUCGUCGUUAAAGCCCCCAAGCUGUUUCCAGUGGCCUACAACCUCAUCAAGCCCUUCCUGAGUGAGGACACUAGGAAGAAGAUCAUGGUUCUGGGAGCAAACUGGAAGGAGGUUUUACUCAAACACAUCAGCCCCGACCAGUUGCCUGUGGAGUAUGGAGGCACCAUGACGGACCCUGAUGGAAACCCCAAGUGUAAAUCCAAGAUCAACUAUGGGGGUGACAUCCCCAAGCAGUAUUACGUGCGAGACCAGGUGAAGCAGCAGUAUGAACACAGUGUGCAGAUCUCCCGAGGCUCCUCCCACCAAGUAGAGUAUGAGAUUCUUUUCCCCGGCUGCGUCCUCAGAUGUCCUACGGUUUGACAACACCUACAGCUUCAUCCAUGCCAAGAAAGUCAGUUUCACUGUGGAGGUCCUGCUUCCAGACAAAGCAGCAGAAGAGAAGUUGAAUCAGCAGGGGACAGUCACCCCCAAAUAACAUCUCCCUCCUGCAGCAGGCCUGGCCCCCCUCAGUGUCUUCCUGUCAGUUUCUUUAUAGUCAUUUUCCUACAACCUAUUAGCCCAAAGAAACUGGGCUGGAGGGAAGACUUCAGACUGGACGGAGCACCCGUUCAGAGUCAGAAGCGGAUAAAUAGCUAGAGGGGUCCUCCUCAUCAGAAUACUAAAGGGUCUCCAGAGACGGGAUGUAACAAUGUCUACCCUGUAGACCUUGCCAACUUCACCUGCCCAGGGACAGUUGAGACGAGAGGGUAAGGUUACAUAGGAUGGCGGCAGGGAAGGAAUUAGAAGUAAGAGAUUGGGAUGUCAUACUCAGGGAAGCCAGCUGCUGGGGAGAAACUUGCUCCUAAAUGAACGUGGAAUAAGCCUCCACUACUGUAAUGAUGGUUGCAAGGUAGCAGGCUGCUAGAAUGGUGGGUAGCUGAAGCUCUUCGAAACUUUUGUCAUAAGCCUUGAAUAUCUCUUGUCUUCCUCACCCCUCUCCAACCCCAAAUCUCAGGAGUGGCCCAAGUCAGCACUGGAAGGCUAACAGAAGGCCUCUCUUCCCCCCCUUGAGAACCUCACUAACUCCUGGGCUUCACUGGCUGCCUGCUUAACUACUAAUGGUUGCCAGUGCCCCAGAGCUCUGUGGGACUUUGGUACCUAGCCACUGUUCUCCAGUGAAAGAAACCCUCCACAAGCACAAGGGUAAUUAAUUUCAGGGAUCAUAGAUAGGAAAGGGCCAAGGAGGCUGUGGGUGGGCCACAAGCCUCUAAGUAAACCUUCACUUGAGCAACCCUACACAAAAAUGACAAGUGGGGCUGAAACAGCACUGAGUGUACUUCCCAGUCUAGUCUCCCACAGUGCCUGAGAAGCAGUCUCCUUACUGACAUGAGCAAGGGCUUGGCAGGCCCUUCGCUGUGGAGGCGUGUAAUGGAAGCAGUGGCUUCCUCUUCCCUGGGGACGCAGGUUGCCAGGGAAGGUGGCCAUAGGUUAGGCAAGCAUUUGAGCCAGGGGAAAGAGCCAGGCACAGGCGACCUUGCAAUAGCAGCUCUUGACCCCACACAAGUUGUGAGCCAGGUUACAGGCUGCCCAGAAUUCGGGAAGGAAGCUCCAGGCCCUUGCGGGGACUGCCUUUUCCUCGGAAUGAGGCCUCGCCCAGCCUGCGGACUCGUUUCAUGAAGCGGAGGGAGCUCUGGGUAGGGCUAGCAACCAGAGAGGGCCGAGGCUACCCAGGAUCUAGUCACAUAUCUCAGGAGCAUAUCCUGGCCUUGGUUUACAAUGUUGUUAGGUACAUUAACCAAUGAAUAAAUAAAUCAAUUUUCAAAGCAAA